ACAGCAAGCCCUGCAACCGAAGGUCCGAAACUUUACGGGCGACAGAGACGUGACGUGAAGCUUCCAUUCUGCGCGACCUUUUUUUUUUCACUGCUUAUACCAACAAAAGCUUUCCCUGCGGCUACCUAUUUGAACGAAUAAUAAGCCGACGAAGCUUUCCCCGCAUCGCGCGCAGUUCGACUUGGAUCGGCAAAUCGGACGGCAAGACAAAGAGAACAAAUAAGCUAGAGGAACGAAGUCAAAUCAUUCGCGACACAAUAGCGACGCAGUAUACAGAGGGUGGAAAAGGAUAUCUCUGUCAUAUAUACGCAAGAAGAAGAAGAAGAAGAAGAAGAAGAAGAAGAAGAAGAAGAAGAAACAAAGAUCUCUGAGACCGAAAAGCAAAAACCUCUUGACGCCGCGCGACAAGCUACACCUUUUCUUUUCUUUACCCCUCGAGACCAUCAAAAAAACCAACCGCAAACCAUGUCAUCCUUCUUCGUCGAGCUCUGGGAGGGCAUCUUCACGCCCGGCCCGACGCCCACCAUCCUCAAGGCCACAAACGCCACCUUCGCCGCCCUGCAGGUCGUCCUGCUGUCGCUCCUGUUCGCGACGUACAGCGUGCACUUUGUGGUGCUGUCGGUGCUGUGCGGGGGCCUGUGGUGGUCGAUUAACUGGUUCGCGCGCGAGCUGAAGGUUGCGCAGGCGGCCGAGGCGGAGAGGCAGAGGAAGGAGGAGGAGAAGAAGAAGCAGCAGCAGAGAUUACAAGGCGGCGGGGACGGGUCGGGCUCGAGCGAUACCGAGGUUGAGGGCAAGGUGGCGAGACGGACGACGAGGAGUAGCAGCAGCAAGAAGAGCGGCGGCGCGGCUGCUGUCAAGGCGGAUGCUGAGCCUUUGGAGAAGAAGGGCGAGGUGAAGCAGCGGGCGGUGCUGGAACCGCAGUCGAGUGCGAGUACGGAGGAUGAGUGGGAGAGGGUUUCGGAGAGUGAGAGGUAGAGGGAGAGAAGAUGUAUGAACUGGACUGUGAGAUAACGAGGUCUGUUCUAUUCAUGUAGCAAAGAGUGUGUAUAUAUCCUUGGUAUGUGGCGUGAGGUAGUGGAUUACAAGGUAAAUAUCGUGAUAUAGUUUACCUUUGGUGCCUUGUCCACCUGGGAGGUAUAUGAUUAGAGGUAACUAAUUGUAGGGCAUCACUGCUUUUUUUUUU